AGAGCCGAAGAGAAGAGGACUAGGAGGAAGAGGAGGAGCAGGUGUUUCUUUCUUUGUGGGUUUUUUUUCAUUAAUAUUUUUAUUAAUGGUUUGGAGAGUAUUCGAGAGGAAGAGAGAAGUCGGAGCACGCCGCAGCUCCUCCGCUUGCAAAAGAUAAUUAGUUUCGUGAUCUAGAAUUGUCUGUGAAGAACUCAGGGGAAAAUUUUGCAUCUUUUUCUUCAAGUGCAGUCAAGGAAACAAGGAGACAGGUUGGAUCGAUCUGAGAUAACUGGUCGAUCUGCCAAUAUGGCUACAGUUCACUUUCAGCUGAGGUUUCAUUAGCAUAUAAUCAAACACAGAUCCAGAAGAGAGAAUGAAUGUUCAAAUAGCCUAAGAAACUGUGACUUUUCUUUCCUUUUUUCUGCAAUGGGAACAGUGGCAGAAUUGGGAACCAUGAGAAAGUUUGGAGCCAUAGCAGAAGAGCAGCAAGUUAACCAGAUGGUCAUGGAUAAACAAUCAGCAGAAGAAUGGUUAUCACGCGUCCAUUCACUAAUACCAUCAGUGCUCAGCAAGGCCAGAACGGUUAAGAAUUUUGCAGGAAGAUGGAAGAUGAUAAUCUCAAAGAUUGAUCAGAUUCCAGGUUGUCUAUCAGACCUCUCAAGCCACCCUUGUUUCUCCAAGAACAAGCUCUGCAACGAGCAAUUACAAUCUGUGGCUAAGACGCUUAAUGAAGUGAUAGAGCUUGCAGAGUUGUGUUCAACUGACAAGUAUGAAGGGAAGCUGCGUAUGCAGAGCAAUCUCGAUGCUUUAUCCGGAAAACUGGAUUUGAAUCUAAGAGACUGUAUGGUUUUGAUCAAGACUGGCGUUCUCGGUGAAGCUACAUUACCUCUAUAUAUCUCAAGUUCAUUGGAAACACCCAAAAUUUCCAGUUUAAAAGAACUUCUAGCGAGGCUUCAGAUCGGUCACUUGGAAUCAAAACACAAUGCUCUCGAACACCUCCUCCGUGCGAUGCAAGAGGAUGAAAAGAUGGUUAUGCCUUUGAUCGGACGAGCCAACGUCGCAGCUUUAGUCCAACUGUUAACAGCAACUUCGACAAGAAUCAGAGAGAAAGCGGUGAAUCUGAUCAGCUUAUUAGCGGAAUCAGGACACUGCGAGGAGUGGCUUAUCUCGGAAGGUGUAUUGCCUCCUCUAGUGAGGCUAAUCGAAUCAGGAAGUCCUGAGACCAAAGAAAAAGCUGCAAUUGCGAUCCAGAGGCUGUCGAUGGCAGAGGAAAACGCAAGGGAAAUCGCAGGACACGGGGGAAUCACACCGCUGAUGGAUCUCUGUAAGACAGGGGAUUCGGUGUCACAAGCUGCGUCUGCAGCUGCUUUGAAGAACAUCUCAGCAGUUUCGGAGCUCAGACAAUCACUUGCGGAAGAAGGAAUGGUUAGAGUCUCGAUCCAUCUCCUAAACCAUGGGAUAUUGUUAGGAUCAAGAGAACACAUGGCGGAGUGUUUGCAGAAUCUCACUGCAGCAAGCGAAGCUCUACGCGAAGCCAUCGUUUCAGAAGGCGGAGUCCCGAGUCUAUUGGCAUACCUAGACGGUCCGUUGCCGCAAGAACCGGCGGUAAUGGCGCUGAGAAAUCUAAUCCCGUCGGUGAAUUCAGAGAUGUGGGUGGCUCUGAAUCUGCUCCCACGACUGACACAUGUACUCAAGUCGGGAUCUUCAGGAGCGCAAGAAGCAGCAGCAUCGGCCAUUUGCCGUUUCGGUUGCUCGGCGGAGACGAAAAAGCUGGUGGGGGAAUCGGGGUGCGUUCCGGUGAUCGUGAAGCUUCUGGAAUCGAAAUCAAACGGAUGUAGAGAAGCGGCGGCUCAGGCGAUCGCGGUAUUGGUGACGGAAGGACGGAUUAGGCGGGAACUGAAGAAAGACGGGAAGAGCGUGACGAAUCUAGUCAUGUUAUUGGAUUCAAACCCUGGAAACACGGCGAAGAAGUACGCAGUGGCGGGGCUGUUGGGGUUGUCCGGAAGCGAGAAGAGUAAGAAAAUGAUGGUGUCGUACGGAGCAAUUGGGUAUCUGAAGAAGCUGUCGGAGAUGGAAGUAAUCGGCGCCGAUAAGCUUCUCGAGAGGCUCGAAAGAGGAAAGCUGAGAAGCUUCUUUCACCGGUAAAAAGUAAAACGAUAAACUGUGUUAUAGUAAGUAAAAACCGUCAUGGUUUUAAAUUGUAAAAGUUUUAACCCCGUCGCCGUUAGUUAACUUAAACUUUACUCCAUAUCAAAGAAAUGUCCUUUGCUUUGGGCUGUU